AUGUCUGAAAGGAUCCGAACACGAGGUAGUAGGGGUGGAAGGCGUGGUAGGGGACAUCGGGGUGUACGCGGAGUACUGGUUCAUGAAGUACCGGUGCAAGAAGAAGAUGUAGGCCAAGCUAACAUGGCCGAACAAGUAGGGCAAGCAGAGGUGCUGGGGCAAGCCGGCCAAGCCGCAAUGGGGGCUCUAGCCCGGGAGAUGGCGGGGGCAUUGAGGGAGUCCAUGAACAUUUUGAGGGCGGAGACCCAAGCAAGGGAGAAUGUAGCAGAGACUACAGCUAGCUUCCUCACGAGGGAGUUUCUAAGGGCCAAGCCGAAUGAAUUCCAUGGCGGCCCCGAUCCAAAGAAGGCAGACGAAUGGUUGGAACAAACCGUGAAGACUUUUGAGAUGCUCCAUAUAGAGGAUGGCGAGUUGAGAGUGACUCUUGCCAGUUACUACCUGAAGGGUGAUGCAAGCCAAUGGUGGAAGUAUGCCAAAGGUCGGAUAGCACCGACAUGGGAGGCUUUUGUAAAGGCUUUCCAAGACAAGUAUCUUCCUCCCACGGCUAGGGAGAGGUUGAGGCAGGAGUUCAAGAACCUUAAGCAACUAAACAUGUCCGUGGCCGAAUUUGAAGCGGCCUUUUCUAGUUUGUCUCGGUUUGCACCGGAAUUAGUAGCGACGAAGGAGCGCUGUUGCUUUGAGUUCGAGCAAAGGCUAACGACGAAGAUUUUGUUCAAGGUUGCCGAGAAUAUGAUCCGAGAGUAUGAUCGCCUUGUGGAGGCGGCUGCACAUGUAGAGAUUAUUGUGGAGGCCCAGGAGGAGAGACUUCGGAAUUCGAGGUCUAGAGGUCAAGGGUCUCAAGGGGACUUUAGGCCUAACAAGAAGG